UAUAUAAGAUAAAAAAAUUGAGAAAAAUAUUAACAAGUAUUACAUAAAAAUGACUACACCCGUAUUGAGGCACAGCUUAUCAGCUAAAACAGGACCUAUGAAGGGUUUGCGGAAUAUCUUGGCACAACCUACUCAGAAUUUCUGGCCAGUUAUCAAUGUAGAUCAAUAUCCAGAGUUGAUGACAAACUUAAAUACAAUAUUACCAUCAAUAAAGAAAUCUAAUCGUAAAAUUCCUAAGGAUGUACUUAAAAACCUAACAAAAGAAGCUCGUGCAUUAGCUAGAAAAAAAAUGUUAGAAGAAGCACCUCCAAAGCCAGAUAUAUUGAAAUUCAUGAUUAUAGGUAUUAAUGAAGUCACUCGAGCUUUAGAAAAGGAUAAUGUAUGUAGCAUCUUAUUAGAUGCUAAUAUUGAUCCACUUAUGCUAAUAAAACAUAUUAUUUCUAUGGCAGUGAACAAAAAAAUACCUGUUCUUAUGCUACCCAUGUUGAGAACAGUCACAAAAGAAAAGGGAUUUCCCUCAAGAGUUCUUGCUUUAAAGCAAGAGGUAAUGCAGUGUCCAAAUAAUGUCUGCUAUCCAAUAUACAAAUCAAUAGCAGAGGCUUUUAAAGACUUUGAACCACCAGAAUGUUUGCUUCAUUGUUUUAAACCUGAUAAAAGUACAAUGUCUAAAACCGAGAUCACAAACAAGAAUUCUGAUACAAAGCCAAAUAUUUCUAAGCCGGAAAAAUCUGUUGUAGUAUUCACAGAUGUGUAUAAAUACAGAUCUUCACGAGAUAAAAGAGUUUUCAUACCACCAACAAUCAACACAAGUUCUGAAGUUUCUCAAACACUAUCAGAUAACUUUAUUCCUUCAGACAGUGAUCUUGAUACUAACGACAAAAAUUGUGCAACUAUAUCAAAGAAUAAAAAAUAUAUAAAUAUUGGCAAGGAAGAAAAACAUACACUAAAAUCUGAAAAUAUAGAAGAGAAUCAGUCUUUUAAUGAAUUGAGAUUAAUACAAAAUAAGAUAGAUUCAAUGAAACAAACAAACAUAUCAAGUUCUCAAAUCUCUCAAAAAUCGGAUGACUUUAUUGCUUUAAACAGUGAUCUUGAUUUUGUCAUCGAUAAAUAUUGUGCAAGUACAUCAAAGAAUGAGAGAUAUGAAUUUUAA